UGUCGGAGGACGAUAGAAAUCACAUAUUACAAUAGUGGCAAUUUUCGUUGUAACUAUUAUAUUGUACUUCUUUGUAAACUUUAUACUUUGUUAUACAUUUUGGCGAUUUUAAAGCACCUGAUACAAUGGGGAAGUACUUGUGCUUGGUAUCUUUGUUGUUGGCAGUGGCCAUAGUCGAUUCAUUAGAUUAUCCGUUCCUUUGCUCGAAAACCCGAUACUGCGACGUAGGGGCAGAAAUUUCACUAUUACCUGGUUAUGAAGUAACUAGGGUUAUGUUGCUUCUUCGACACGGGUCAGCCUCAUUAGAAGAUAAAUGGAAAAAUAGAGAAUUGAUGAUAGCAAAACAAGAUAAAAUUAAAGCAAACAUCGCAAAAAGGCGGGAGGAAAAUCCCCAGUUAGAGGUCCCAGUUCACAUUCAAAGAUUUUUGAGUUGGAAUCCGAAAUCAGUUCCAGGUGUUGGAACAGGUUUGCUUCCUGUAGGCAAAAAGGAAUUGGGUGGUCUCGCAUCUAGGUUAUCGACUAAGCUUUCAGGAAUAUUUGGCGACCAAGAUUAUGAUGCUGAAAAAUUCCCGAUAUUAUCAACGCCAGACGGCGACAACCGUUGUGUGGAAAGUGCCCGAGUAUUGUUGAGUGCACUAUUUAAAGGAGGAGUUCCUGAUAAAAUUCCAACAUGCGCAGACGAUGAUCUUCUUUUAAUGAUGGAAUACGCUAGGAAACAAGAUCCAAAAAACGAAGAAUAUGAAGCUAAUCUUGCAAAGAAAUAUGAAGAACAUCAAAACAGUGAUGAUAUCAAAAGUUUGAUCACAAGAUUUUCAGAAAAAUUAUGGUUAGAUAAGGAAGAUGCUGAUUACAGUUGUCUAAAAGGUACGUGGGAAUGUUGCCGCCAGGAUAGAAUAAUCACAGAAGAUGAUAACGCAAUCCCUUGCCACUUGUUUGAAAAAGAAGAUGCUUUAAUAAUGUUACAGAUCGAUGAAAUAUUUUGGUGGGGAUUUACUUCAAUCAGUGAAAGUGCUUUCAACGGAAAAAUGGCUUGCGGUUUGGCCGAGCAUCUGUUAUUGUUUUUGAAGAGUGGGACAUCAAUCAAUCCAAUGUACUUCUUGCACCGGUCAAACAUUGCAAUGAUUCAUCAGGUCUUAGGCUUACAUCCAAAAGAACAGCAAUUAUUCAGAACUUCGCAUAUCAUCCCCUACAUGGCGAACUUCAUGGCUAUCGUACUCGAAAAGCCCGGCAGCGAGUCUUUGGUUGGCUUGUUUUUCAACGAAAAGCUAACGGCUAUCCAAUUAGAAGAUGACGGUAUCCCGUGUGAAUUUUGUUCGCUGUCUGGAGUAAUCAAAAAGCUGGAAACGUAUCUUAUCACUCACGGAUGCUCAGAACUCAGGUGCGAACAGUGGAAGUCCGGAGAUCCCAGGCCCGUCAAUCUCAUUGGCGAGAAAAAGAACCCUCUCUAUUCUCAUCCGCGAUGGUAUAGGCCACCAAAUGACAACUAAAAUUCAAAAUUUAAUUAUUUUUCAUUUUUGUUUUGUUUAUUAAUUAUUAUUGCACGAGUUUUGGAAUAAUCCAGUUUGCGCACACAACUCGAUUUGUAUUAAUUAAUACACUGUUUUAAAUUCAACAAAUACAUCCGUUUGAUUCAAAUAUCUAA